UCAAGCCUUAGGUAGAGUGUGGUCUCCUUUCUCCCCCGCUCCUCGGCCGGAAGGUGUGCACAUUCACAACGUCAACGUCCGAGUCACGGCACCGGUCCAACCGUCAACGGUAGUCAUGUCCUGUUUCGAUUGGAUGCCCAGAGCCCGGGACUGCAGUCUUGAUGAAAUGGAAGUUUCAAAAGCAGCAGUAUAACCAAGUUUUCUGCUUGGGUCCGAGAAUAUCCAGCGGGGAUAUCACGGAAUGAUAGGCCGCUAGUCGAGGACGGUGAAAGGUUAAAGAGAUACUAUUCUCCCCGAUUCGCCCAAUCGUCCUUGACCCUGAGGAGCUAGCACUGAGGAUCCAGGCUGGAACAUCGUCGAUCUCCCUAAUGGCUUCUGCUAUUUUCCGCAUUGCCGCUCUAUGGGCGUUGGGCGCUUUUCUUCCCAGGGCAUUUGCCGGUUUCGAUCCUGGAGCCUCUAACAACAUUGCUAUAUACUGGGGUCAGAACUCUAUCAACCGCGCCGGCGGGCAGCAGCGUCUUGCGACUUACUGCUCCAAUUCCCCUGUCAAUAUAAUCCCACUCGCGUUUCUUCACGUCAUCAAGAAUCCAACCUCGCUCAACUUUGCCAAUGCCGGCGACAACUGCACUACCUUUGAGGGCACCCAGCUCCUCCGCUGUCCUGAGAUAGAAGAGGACAUACAGUUCUGCCAAUCACUCAACAAAACCAUCCUCCUCUCCAUCGGCGGCGCGACCUACACCGAAGGCGGCUUUGCCUCGCCGGAGGAGGCCAUCACAUGGGCCAACAGGCUGUGGGCCAUGUUCGGCCCGCCCCCCGCUGCCCCGCCGUCGGCGGACAUCCUGCGCCCGUUCGGCUCGGCGGUCAUCGACGGCUUUGACAUGGACUUUGAGGCCACGUCCAGCAACAUGGAGCCGUUUGCGGCCGCCCUGAGGCGGCUCAUGGACGAUUCGGCCGCCGGGGAGACUCCGAGCCGGCGCUACCUCUUGUCGGCGGCGCCCCAGUGCCCCUUCCCCGACCACGCCAUGGGCGCCAUGCUGGACGCUGUUGGGUUUGACUUUGUGGCUGUGCAGUUCUACAACAACUACUGCGGCGCCCCGAGUUAUGUGCCGGGGGCCCCAGCGCAGAACAACUUCAACUUUGGCACCUGGGACCAGUGGGCCAGGACGGCAAGCGUGAACCGCAAGGUCAAGGUCUUGCUCGGCUUACCGGCCAGCCCGUCGGCUGCGGGGACUGGUUAUGUUAGCGGAGAGCAGCUGAGGCAGGUGAUUGCAUAUGCGAGAGGGUAUGGCAGUUUUGGGGGGGUUAUGGCUUGGUGGCUAAUGUUUGGUGACAGGGACAUGUCGCAGGCCUAUGGCAACCCGGGAUUUCUGGAGGGUAUAAGAUCAGCUCUCGGAGUCCCCCUUCCACCCAUUACCACCGUGACGACCACCUCGACUAGGACAAGUCAGGUCCCGACCACGACUCUAUCGACAAGCACUGUGACACUUACGAAAACUACAUCGACAAAUGGUCCAACACCAACCGGACCACUGGUUCCGCAAUGGGGACAGUGCGGUGGCAUGGGAUACAAUGGACCGACUCAGUGCCAGCCGCCAUUCACCUGCGUGUACUUGGGCGAUUGGUGGUCGCACUGCGCUUAGCGCAUAAGUCCAAGAGGCACAUUGUUGGGCAGGGGCCGAGGGCGUCUAACUAAGGCUGGUCAAGUGUGUUUCGAUGAGCGAUGAUCAGUGGUCGAUUCGAUGACUCCAAUUUCCGAUCCCUAA